UUGUUUACGUUUUGUUUUAUCAUAAUAAAUCUUCCUUCGUUUCCAUUCCAUUAAAAAUGCAGGAGCACAUCUGCUGAAUCGCAGACUUUCUCCGGCCGUCUUGCCACCACAGCUUCGCAUUAUGAUCAGACAAUAAUUUUGAAGAAAGAAGACAAACAUGAUUCCUAAUAGGGGAUCUUCUCCUUUCUCAAAAAUUGGAUACUUGCCACUCAACGAAAAGGAUGUGGGAAGGGAAAAAUCACCAAGUAUUAUUUUCUGUACAGUGCCAUUCGAACGCUUGGCUAAAGUCACUGUCGCCUUGCCUCUUGUGGCAUUUAUUUUUUGCAUUGUCUGGUCUAUACUAUUUAAUUUUGACACAACCGUCUCCACGCACUGCAAGGUUACAAAUUGGCUACCCUCCAUAUCUGCCGCAAUCGGCAACGAAAGUCCGCAACGAGAAGUCUGGAAAUUAUUAAUUGCACUGCACGCUCCAACGAGGUUCCUUGUAGUGUGGAUGUACAUUGAGUACUUUUGGAAGGUGCUCCGAAGCGAAAUCCUUUGGCUGGCAGGAAUCACUUGCCUUCUGAAUGUGAUUGAAAAUCUGGCCUUGUUGGGUUUGACGUUCUUCACCUCGGCAGACCACUAUCCUAUCCACGAAAAAUGCUUCAUUACAUUCAUCGCGACGUCCGAGCUGUACAUGUUGCUCAGCAGUUUCCUGCUGUCAAGGAGACGGGCCAGGAUAGCCAACAACGUCGAAAGCAGAUCGCUGCGCCUCAAAGUGAAGUUGCUCACAGUGAACGCAGUUUCCUUCAUUAUCGCUGGCUACUUUUUCGUCCGCCACAACAACUAUUGUGAACCUUACAUGUACACCCUCUUCUCGUUUUUCGAGUAUAUCGUUGUGAUCACGAAUAUGGGAUAUCACAUGACUGCCUCCUACGAUUUGUUUGAUCGAGUUCUCCACGUCGGAUGCCCCACCCACGUUACUUGACAAAGACAAUAACAAUGCACCGCCAAUCAGUGUAAGAUGCACUACUUCCUCAUCUCUGAGUGAUGAAUCAUAUUUUUGUUAUAUACACUACUUUUGUUACAAAAUGAAGGACUAUAUUGAAAAGAA